AUGUCAGAUGAUGAAUGUGAGUUAGAUGCCCUAGUUUCACUUUUGGAUGACAACAGUGAUGCAGGGGGAGUUGAGGAGCUUCAGUUGAGUAGUAAUGAAUUAGAGGGGGAUGCCCCUGCCCCAGACAGUCCCAAAGAGGAGGAGGGGAAUGGUGCCAAAACAACAGAGAACCCAGUAGAGGAGGAGUGUGAUAUAGACACCUUAACAGAGAACCCAGUAGAGGAGGAAUGUGAAAUAGACACUCUAACAGCAUUUUUGGAGGAGGAGGACAGUGAGUUUGAAGAGGAGGAAUUCGGUAAAAAUAGUCCAGAAAAAUCAGUUGUGGACUCCAAGAGUGUCCCCACUGUAGAGUGUGAUGUAUCCAAGGCAGGAGGAGAUUCCUCAGGUCCUCAGUCUGCCAGUGAGGAGGAGGAGGAGGAGGACAACUCAGAUAUUCAAGCUGAACUUCUUAACAUUCAAAAGAAAAUGUUAGAACUACAAUCUCAGUUGAAAAUGAAAAAGAAAAAGAAGAAAACUCCAAAAUCCCCUUCAUCCAUAGUUCCUAAGACAACAGAGAAUGGAGAAACAGAUCCUCCCAGUAUCACUCACAUGAAGAAACAGUCCUCCAGUGAUAAACAGGGACAAAAAUCAUCCCCUCAAAUGUCUAAACAGAAAAAUGUCACUCAGAAACAAAAAACAUCAGAUCAACACUGUACAAAGAAAAGUCCAAAGUCCAAGGAAGGAAACAGUCAUCAAAAAUUAAAAGAGACAUUGAAAAAUAGGGAACGGAAGAAUGAUAAAAAUGCUGGAAAAGUAGUGUCUCCAAAAAAUGACUUGGGUGUUAAAGUUCCAAAUAAAAAGAAAGAGCUGACUACAGAUCAGGACUUGGGAAGAAAUCCAUUUUUUGCUGAAGACAAAAAUCCAGACCCCGGGGAUCCAAAUGGAGGGACAGCGGGGCUGUUUGGAGACAGUGACAGUGACUGGGAUGAACUUGAUGGAGAGGUGAAGUCAGGAUUAAGUGAGUCAGGCCAAGUCAUCCGAGACCUGAUGAAGAGGGAGAAUGGUCAGAGAGUGUCCCACGCCUCACAGGGCGAUGUUCAAGAGCUCAGACAGAGAGCACUCAAGUCAAACUCAUGGAAAAACCGUCCUUUUGCUGGACAGGAAAUGGUUGAUCCACCCCGCAAGAAAGCUAGUGAUGAUUACAUGAGUAUAACAGAUUCAUUCUCAGGAAUCAGAAUCAUCAAUCCAAAGAUUUCAAGCAUGGAGAUGAAGUAUAAAAUGGCAGACAGAACUUUGAUUAAACUGUCCAAGAUUCAUUUAAAACUUAAGAGUGCUGAUCUUCAGGGUAACUGGGUGACAAUAGGGGUCAUUGUUCAUAAAACAGAGCCUCGUACUUCUGCUACGGGUAAGUCAUUUUGUAUCUGGCGGAUGAGUGACCUUGAAGAUUGUGACAGGACCAUUAGCUUCUUCCUGUUUGGGGAGGUAUUCAAACAACACUGGAAGAAUGAAGUCAAGUCAGUGGUGGGCAUCCUUAAUCCUCACAAGAUGGACAAAGCUGAUAAGAGCCAGCAGGACAUGGCUUUUACAGUGAACCAUCCCAACCAGAUACUGAUAAUGGGCUACUCCCAGGAUGUAGGCAAGUGUGCCGGAGCCAGUAAAGCGGGCAAACCUUGUACUAACUUCAUCAAUAGACAACAAGGAGAGUUCUGUGUGUACCAUGUACAGUCAGCGUACAAGAAAGUCAGUGCUAAAAGGACAGAGCUGCAGGGAAGUUCACAAGUUACUCCAAAAAAUCGAAUGUUUGGACCAAGGAAUACAAAGGAGUCACUUUUCUUUUAUGGAGGCGAAACAUUUACCAACACAAAAAGAAAGUCCACCCUGAAAGAUCAAGUAUCCCUGAAGAAUCUCCAAGCCAGUCAGCUACAACACAAGGGUAAAUUUACCACACUGUCACUACAUAACCUUGACCCGGAGGAUAUAGACAAACUUAAACAGCUGAACCAGAAAAAGAAUGACUUUGUAGAAUUAUUGUCCACACCCACAGUUGGUUCACUAAACAUUGUGAAGCACCUGGUGAAAAAAGAAAACCGGACAGAACCAGAAUUCUCUGAGGAUAAGAAGGUAGAGAUACAGUCUAUAUCUCCAGCAGAGCUUCUAAAACAACACAAACUGGACAUGAUCAGGAAAAAGAGGGCCAAACAAACAGGUGUCUCCUCCCUAGGAAGUCAGGCCAGCCCUACCGCCACAGCACCUCAGUUAGGAAGAGGGGGGCUAUCUGAUGGAUUUAUUUCCCUUGACAUGACCAGUAAAAGCAAACCUAUCUCCAGCAAGGAGCUAGCUAAGAUGGUGGCUGUGUCCAAGAUUAAAAAGAGUGGAGGGAUUCAGAAGGAUGACCCCAAUUCAUUGAAGAGGAAGAGAGAAUCUCCAAAGGUCAAGGAGAUGAUUCAGGAGAGGGUUCUAUCUAACUUAGGGAGUAAUGGAAAUGAGGACAAGAUACCAGAGGAACCCCCAAAGAAGCGUUCCAAGCUUCUGGGGAACAUUGAUGAAAAUUCUGAAGAUUUUAAAAAACUCAUGAAGUCUAAAUCAAAGCAUACUGGGGCCCUUGCUGAGGUUGAACAAGAGCAGGAGGAGCGAUACUUUAUGGAACUGGAGAAAAAAGAGAAGUAUGAGGACAAGAUGCAGUCAACCAUGUCUGUCAAGUGUACCGUGUUCACCUGUAAAAAUUGUGGCUACACAGCUUUUAAGUUAGCAGACAGAUGUAAGACUGAGAGACAUAUCAUUACUAAGUCAGAAACAUCCAAAAGAUUCUUCAAAUGUAAACAUUGUGGAAAGAGGAAGAUUUCUAUACAAAAGUACCCAACAGAGCCAUGUGAUUGUGGGGAGUAUAACUUCCUGAGAACAGCCAUGAUGGAGGAGAGGAAAGGCCCUAAGCUGCCGAGUGAAAAUUUGAGUUUGCGGGGAGACGAGGUGGCAUAUUUAGGGUCAAUGAACCAAAAAGUGUAUCUGGAUAUUUAGAUACCUCUACGUCCCUAUACCUAAAGAGGCAAUCUUACAAACACUUCUAAUGUGCAACCAGAGGACAAUGAAGAAAUAUGUGUGAAAACUUGAAUAUAUCAAAUAUCAGGAAUUGUACAGAUAUUUAUUUUUCUCGUAUUUAUAUAUAUUGAUUUUUUUUUUUGAAAAUUUAUUUUUAAACAUGAAAAAGUCUAAUCUUGGUGCUUGUUAGCUCUAGAUUUAAAAUCAAUAUGAAAGUGAUACUUUAAUACAUGAUGAUUAUAAGAUUGUUAUGAGGCAGUCGUACUGCAGUAGUUCAAUAUACAGUAAAACAUGGUUACAGCGAACAAACAUAUAAUGAAUUCAUGCCUACAGCAAAGUGAUUUUUAUUUCCCGUUCUUGUAAAACUUAUUUUAAAACUUUUAAACAGGUAUAACGAUGCACUGUAUUGAUCCUUGGCAUGUGUUUAACUGUGCUUGGCAAAGAAGUCAAGCUUUCAACGCUAGAAUCAUUUUUAAAUGCACUAAAAAUAAUAAUAUUGUUU